CACUGCUCCCGUCCUCCUUUGCAAUCCCGGGCUGGCGUGCAAUGCCUUCUCCUUCUCCCCUGCCGAAGGGGAGCUGGCCACCUUGGUCGCCCACCCCCUGCUCCCGUUCUCCUUUGCAAACCCGAGCUCCCUCGCAGAAGGUGAGGUAGCCCCCUGCUCGCCCACCCCCUGCUCCCCUCCUGUUUUGCCAUCCCCAGCUCCCUCGCAGAAGGUGAGGUAGCCCCCUGCUCGCCCGCCCCCUGCUCCCCUCCUGUUUUGCCAUCCCCAGCUCCCUCGCAGAAGGUGAGGUAGCCCCCUGCUCGCCCGCCCCCUGUUCGCCCACCCCCUGCUCCCCUCCUGUUUUGCCAUCCCCAGCUCCCUUGCAGAAGGGGAGCUAGCCACGCCACUCGCCCACCCCCGGCCCCCGGCCUGCUCUGCAAUCCCGGGCAUGUCCUUGGGCCUGUCUUGCAGCAGCAGCAGCAGCCGGGGGUUGCCCCCCCGGGUGGGCCAGCUCUGAUCGCCCACCCCCUGCCCCUCGCCCCGCCCCAGGCCCAAGUUGCCAAUGCCGGGCCCGGGCAAGUGCUCCUUCUAUCGACUGGCCCUGGGCUCCCUGCUCCUGGUGGCCCUGCUGCAGCUGCUCUACCUGUCCCUGCUGUCGGGACUCCAUGGGAGGGAACAGAGGCACAAGUACUCGCAGCUCUUCGAGGCCCGCAGGGCCGGGGACCAGACCAAGGAGCAGCUGCGAGCCGCCCUGGCCCGGGGCGGCGUGCUCGACGCCAGCGGGGACUACAGGGUCUACAGGAACCUGCUGAGGGCCGAGGGCGUCGCCGGCGACCUGGUGCUGGCCACCCACGCCAGCCUGGGCAACCUGCCCCACCUGGAGGGCCUGGUGGAGCGGUGGGGCGGACCCGUGGCCGUGGCCAUCUUCGCGGCCGGCGGGAAGGAGGCCCAGCUGGCCACGGUGCUGGCCUACGCGCUGGGUACCCUCUGCGGGGCCGUGCGGGCCAGGGUGACGCUCCACCUGGUGUGCCCGGCCGGGCACGAGGCCUCCGUCCCCGAGCCCAGGGAGCCCGGCGAGUUCGCCCGGCUGCGGAGCUGCCCGGAGGUGUUCGCCAAGCUGGCGGCGUGGGCCGGCGCCGGGCCCAACUACGCGCUGGGCGCCAACGUCUCCUACCCCAACAACCUGCUGAGGAACCUGGCCCGCGAGGAGGCCGGCCACGCCCUGGUGGUGGACGUGGACAUGAUGCCCAGCGAGGGCCUGUGGGCGGGCUUGCUGGAGCUGCUGGCCCUGGGGGCCGGGAGGGCCGGGACGGCCCUGGUGGUCCCGGCCUUCGAGAUCCGCCGAGCCCGCCGGGUGCCCGGCACCAAGGCGGAGCUGCUGCGGCUCUACCAGGUGGGGGAAGUGCGGGCUUUCUACGCCGAGCUGUGCCCUCGCUGCCAGGCCCCAACCAACUACUCGCGCUGGCUCAACCUCCCCUCGGGGGGCUCACUGAGGCCCGCCUACCGGGUGGGCUGGCGGGACCCCUGGGAGCCCUUCUACGUGGCCGGAGGGGCCGUCCCCACCUUCGACGAGCGGUUUCGGCAGUACGGCUUCAAUCGCAUCAGCCAGGCCUGUGAGAUGCACGUGGCGGGGUUCGAGUUCGAGGUGCUGAAUGAAGCCUUCCUGGUUCACAAAGGGUUCAAGGUAGCGGGAGAUUUCCACCCCCAGAAGGAAGCCGAGAACCAACAAAACAAGAUCCUCUUCCGCCAGUUCAAACAGGAACUGAAAGCCAAGUACCCUGGCUCUCCAAGACGCUGCUGACCGUCACCGGGCAGCGCCGUGGAAGGGGACUUUAAAUCUCCCCUCAAGCCUCGGUGGUUCGGGAAGUACCGUCCUAACGGAGAGUGACCCUUUUCCUCCAGCGCCCCUUCCCCUGCUCACGCCCCACCCCAUCCCCAGCUACAAGAAUUUGGGUUCUAGGAGGGGAAUGGGUACUGGCGGAGAGCACCAUCGGGAAGUCAGUGUGGCCUCCUGGAAGAUGCACGGCCUGGGUGGCAGAGGACCUGGGUUCUAAUGCUGGCUCUGCCGCUUGUCUGC